AUGGUGAAUCUAAUGAGUAGUAGAAAUAAGAGACAGCGAUUAGAGUUUGACAUUGGAGAUUACGUUAGAGUUAAUAUCCCAAGGGUAGAUAGAACAGGUAUUGAUCGAAGAUCUCUUCCGGUUAUGGAGGUUUUAGAUGGGGGGGUUUAUCAUCUUGGGUGUGCUUAUGGCAUCUUGGGGACCUGUUAUCAAGUUUUUGAUCUAGAGAGCAUAAGUGCAGAGUUCCCUGAACUCGAGAACAUACCAGAGAAACAAAUCUCCCUAACGGAAGCAGUAAAGAUGCAGAGUUCAGCGACAGUCACGGGAGCUCUCUGCCAUUGUAAAUCUAAAUGUGAUAGUAACAGGUGUCCUUGCAAGUGA